AUGAUCGAAUGCAAGCCUGCCACAACUCCGAUGGAUUAUGCAACCAAACUGGCCAAGGAUUCAACACCAGCGUUCUCAGACAUGUCAGCUUAUAGACGCCUCAUUGGCAGACUUGUCUACCUUACAACAACAUGGCCAAACUUUUCGUUCGUGGUGGGAAAAUUAAGCCAUUAUUUGGACUGCCCUACCACUGCCCACUAUAGUGCAGCUCUCCGAAUUCUCAAAUACUUGAAGAAUACCCCCGCAGCAAGUCUCUUCUUCUCUGCCUCCUCAGACCUGCUCUCUUCCGGCUACUCAGAUGCAGAUUGGGCAGCAUGUCCAGAUAGUAGAAUAUCAGUCUCUGACUACUGCUUCUGA